CCAACUAUGCCGCCUUCUGUGCCUUAUGUGGAGAUAAUUGAGCAGCCAAAGCAGCGAGGCAUGCGGUUUCGCUAUAAGUGCGAGGGGCGUUCUGCUGGAAGCAUUCCAGGAGAGCGGAGUACGGAUACUACUAAGACUCAUCCCACUAUAAAGGUACACAAUUAUCAAGGACCAGCCCGUAUAAGGAUAUCCUUGGUAACUAAGGAUGCCCCUCAUAAACCACAUCCCCAUGAACUGGUUGGAAAGGAUUGCAAAGAUGGAUAUUAUGAGGCUGACUUGUCAUUAGAUCGCAAUAUUCACAGUUUCCAGAAUUUGGGCAUUCAGUGUGUUAAAAAGAGAGAAGUUGAGGAAGCCAUUGCCCAACGAGUACGGACGAAUAAUAAUCCCUUCAAUGUACCUAUAGAAGAUCUUAAAUCUGACUUUGACCUGAAUACAGUGUGCCUUUGCUUCCAAGUGUACAUUCGUGACCCAAAUGGAGGCCUGCUUCCUUUGCAGUUUGUGGUUUCUCAUCCUAUAUAUGACAACCGAGCUCCGAACACUGCUGAGUUGAAGAUUUGCCGUGUUAACAAGAAUUCUGGUUCCUGUUUAGGAGGAGAUGAAAUAUUUUUACUCUGUGAUAAAGUGCAAAAAGAUAUCGAAGUGGUGUUUGCAGUAGGUAACUGGGAGGCACGGGGGUCAUUUUCCCAAGCAGACGUACACAGACAAGUGGCUAUAGUUUUUAAAACUCCACCUUACCAUGAUCCAGGAAUACGUCAACCUGUAAAGGUCCAAAUGCAGCUAAGGAGGCCAUCUGAUAAGGAGGUUAGCGAGCCUAUGGAAUUUCAAUAUCUGCCAGAUGAAGUAGAUUUUCAUCACAUUGAAGAGAAAAGAAAGCGAACAUUAGAAAGCUUCAAGCAAAUUGUGAAAAGGAAUCCGUUUGCAGGAAAUGAAACAAAACACCAGCGCAGGAUUGCUAUACCGACCCGCAGCAUUCCGAAACCAGAACCUGCACCAACUCCUAUUCUUCAAAGUUCUCAGAUGUCGGUACCAAUCCUUUCUUCUGUCACGUCAUAUGUGGUAAAACCUGAUGUUGGAGAUUCAAUGUCCACACUUCUCUCUACUGUGAAUAUUAAUGACUUUGCCAGUAUUGGAUUUUCCCCUAUGCCUCUGGUGCAACAGCCUCCACCACCACCAACUGAAGAGCGUAUAGAUUUGGACUAUCCUUCUUUUACAGAUGAUGCAAACCUUGAUUUAGUAAACAUGCUGCAAAAUGACCCUGACAGCCAUUGUGGCAGCCUAAGUUCUAUUGACAAUAGUGAUUUUGGCCAGCUUCUCAGUCAAUCCCAGUCUUCAGGUUCUCUUUCACAGGCCCUGCAUGAACCUGGGCCUAAUUCGAGUACCCUCAUGGCUUAUCCGGAAUCAAUUGCUCGGCUCAUGGCUUCUGGAUCUACUGAGGGGGCUGGUGGAGAGGAAAGCUCUGAAAGACUUGACAGCACCUUAAUGAAUGGGAUUUUUGACAUGCAACAAGGAGAAAGUUUAACCUCAAUUAUAGAUAUUGACUUUUCAUCUUUCUUGGGUAUGAAAUGA